UUAUUAAUGAUUUUAUUUGAAAUAUAUCAUGAAUCAUUGAGUCGUUCGUCUUAUGUUUAGAAAAAAAUUAAAAAAGGAUCGUGAAGGCCAUGAAAUCUAACGAGAUAAUACAAAGUUGCAAUGGUGGACGUUUUAGUUUAGAAGAGAUGAAGACGGGCCAAGCUGAAUCUGGGAGAUGUGGGAUCAGCUGCCGGAGCUGAUAUUAAUACAAAUAUUUAGUCAUCUCGAUCGUGGGGAUCGUGCCAGUGUUUCUCAAGUUUGUCGAUCAUGGAAUUUAGCGCUCUCUUCGCCUGUUCUAUGGCGUUCGGUCACAGUCCUCAUUGAUCGUGAUCUUAGAGGGAAUUUUCCUUUGGCGGGAGAAUUGGCUGUUAAAUAUGGACAACACAUGAGAAGUUUAGAACUUGCCUGGUCAAGAUCAUAUAUUUUACCACGAGAAACACGAGCUGCUCGUAAUAUUCAGGCAGAAGCAGGCGCAGACUUUCUUGCGGUUGUACGAGCCAAGAAUGUACAAUUAAAAGAACUUAUAUUAACUAAUUGGGUUUUUAGUUAUAAAUGGGGAGAUAGAGGCAAACUUUUAUACGCUCUUGCAAAUUUUCUGGGGUGCCAGUAUAAUCUUGAAACUUUGAGUUUACUAAAUGCUAAUUUUGGUGUAAGCGAUGUUUUGCGUCUGUUAGGAACUGCUGCAAGAGGAUGCAGUGAGAAAUUAGCAUCUUUGGAUCUUCGUGGUGCAUUUAGACAAUGGCAAACUCCUCAUAGUAAUCCUAGAUAUUUACGACUAUUAGGUCGUCUUCAUGCAUUAACUGUAUUGAAAUUGGAUUAUCCAGCAAUAUCAGAUCAUACUUUGAAUGCUUUGGCCAAUGGAGCUCCAAAAGUUCUUAAAACUUUGCACAUAUCCAUCCGUGAUUCCGAUUCUCGACAACAUACCGUUACUGAUAGUUCUUGGAAUAAUCUAGCACGUGCCUGUCCAAACUUAACAGUUGCUUAUACAAUAGUAAAUAUUUCACAUUAUGAGGACAUGUGCUACCUGUUGCUUCCUAGUGUUCCACUUGCUAAGUUUCAAUUAUUCAGUGGAUAUGUUUGGGACCAAAGUAGAUCUCGUAAUUUUCGAGGCACCGUUGGAUUGCUCAUUUCUCACUAUACAAACACCUUAGCUGAAGUAAUGUUGCAACUUAAGAACAAUCGAGAGUUAUUAGAUGAUUUACUUGUUUCUAUGCUCGUUCAGUGUAAAAAUUUAACUAGAUUGCAAUAUGAUGGAAUUAUGAGGAGUCUUGAUACUUUACGUGAUAUUUGUCAUUUACAAGUGGAACGCAAAACCUACUUUCGUACGAUUCACAUAAAGCCACGUAUCGUUAAUGUCAGGAAUCGUGCGAUAUUGGACGAUGUAAACUAUCAAUACGUUCAUAAAAUGCUCGAGCAAGAAGUUGACUUUCGUAUAGAAGAUCCAGCUUCUUUUUUUGUGUAUUAUUAAUAACACAUCGAGUGUUGUCUCUGUAACGAUCCCCGAUCUAUUUAUCCACAUCUCUCUCGAUUUCUAACGUCAGAAAAUAAAGUACAGCCAAAUAUCAUCUCAA